AUGGCGGAUGGUAAAAACACUCAAAGCGCCUCUAAAAUCCGGCGCAGCUGCCUCAUGUGCAAUGAUGAAGACGACGAUAGAAUGAUUAAGUGCUCCGUAUGCACUUCAUUGUUCCACCAACAUUGCGUCGGCGUACCCACAGAAACCGAUCAACGCUUAUGGCGCUGCCAGGAUUGCUAUGAGCUUGCUGAAAGUGGCGUAGACGUAUCGCAAUUCGCUCCUAUAGAUGCAAGCGCAUCAACACAUGUAGCGAUUACAACGAAUCAUACAUGUAUUGGGCCCACUGAAAAUGCCAGUCAGCCCAUAGUAACUCAUAACCUCAAAAACGCAACACAUGUGGUCGCCACAACAUUAGGCGAUAUUCAGUCGGCAUUGGCCCACGAGCAUGGUGGUGCAACUGCCGAAGUUUCUAGCGUACCUCUGCAAAGAAUUAGUUCACAGUCUAUGCAUCCGACUUCUGUGGCUGCUGAAGCCCCUACAGCACGCGGGCGCUACUUACAACAACGAUUGCAACUUCUUGAAGAGGAGUUGCGCCUAGUACAGAAACGACAACAGCUGCUAGUAGAAUUAGAGAAAGAAGGGAUGUUAGAGAACAAUGCUGAGGCCCAGGUAACAGGUAACGCACCCGGCCCCAGUAGAACACAUAAUCGUCCACCUAUAUUUGGUGCAGCUGAUAGUGCUGUUAGGGUGGACAAUCAGUCGCAUGGUCCAAUGUCACAAUUUGCUGGUUUUUCUUUUCUGCCUCGUGCAGACAACACUGUCGAAAAUGGCACUUAUACAACUGUAAGACUUACAAACGAACAAAUAGCAUCUCGCAAAGGUUUGUGCAAGGAACUUCCAAAGUUUACCGGUAAGCCUGAAGAGUGGCCACUCUUCAAGGCAUCAUAUGACCAAUCAACGCAACUAUGUGGAUUCUCCGAUGCUGAGAAUCUGCUAAGACUGCGACAGGCAGUAGAAGGUCCUGCACGCAAUGCGGUGAAAAAUUUAAUAUUGCACGCUUCAUGCGUACCACAAAUAAUUUCCACUUUGCAAAUGAAAUUCGGUCGACCCGAAUUAAUUAUAGACGUUUUGCUAGCCCAGAUUCGGGAUUUACCACCUCCCAAAGAAAGCAAGCUGGAAUCAAUUGUUGAUUUUGCUAUCGAAGUGCAAAAUAUUUGCGCCACGAUGAAGGCAUCGUCAUUGACCAAUCACCUCAAUAAUCCUGAGUUGGAGCAGGAGUUGGUUUGUAAGUUGCCGGGAUUGCUGCCCGCCUUUUGGGGUAUGCAAAAACUAUCCUCCUCGACCUGUAAUCUAGAGGAUUUCAGCAAUUGGCUCUUUAAAUUGGCUGAAGGGGCGAAUGCUGUCAUUAUACCUAGUACUGCCACAAAACAACGCAAGCGUGGCUCUUUACAUACACAUUUAGAUUGUGAACAUGGUACUGCAGCUCAUUGCUUGGUUUGUGGUUCUACUUGUGAAGCAAUUAAUGUGUGCACCAAAUUCAAACAUCUUAGCCGUUCAGACAAGUGGAUGAUCGUUAGGGAUUAUUCUUUAUGCAAGCGUUGCCUUAAGCCUCAUUCCUUUGAGCAAUCUACAUCAAAAAAUACAUGUGGAAUAAACAAUUGCCGCUGCGCUCACCAUCCGCUGCUGCACAAAAUUUAUAUUUCGAAGCAAAAUAAAACAUCCACAGUUCCACAGCCGCAACCAGCGGCCGUUGAUGCAACAUGCAACGCACAUACCGAAGAAACCAAUGUCGCCAUAUUUCGGAUUCUACCCGUCACUAUAUACGGCAAUGGAGUACAAAUUGAUACGUACGCCUUUUUUGACGAUGGAUCUUCGCUGACACUAAUGGAUGAAGAACUUCAAAGGGCGCUUAACGUGGAAGGUGUUCCACAACCCCUUUGCCUAAAGUGGACAGGGGAUACUCAUCGUAAUGAAGAUGAAUCGGUUCGAGUGAAUCUUGAAAUAUCACCAAUUGGCCGCGUCAAGCGGUUUGAUUUGAAAAACGUUCAUACUGUAAAAAAAUUGCAGUUGCCUCCGCAGACGCUUGACGUAGCAAAGUUGAAAGCAGCAUAUAAACAUUUAAGAGGGGUGCCAUUGUCGUCAUAUAGCCGAGCCGUGCCUAGGCUUUUAAUUGGCAUUGAUAAUAGUAGACUUGGGUCCUGUUUAAAGUCUAAAGAGGGAUUUAGCUCUGAUCCAAUUGCUGAGAAAACCCGCCUUGGGUGGACACUUAAAGGCACAAUAACAGACCGUGUUCAAAGUAAAUCGAGAUCAUUUCAACGUGUGUUUCACGUUUGUGAGUGCAACGCUACAUAUAACGAAGAGCUGUUAAAGACAGUAAAGGAUUUCAUUUUGUUGGACAACGUUGACGUUGCCGCAGCUCCUAAAGUUCUCAGCGAUGAGGACCAACUUGCUGUUAGUCAACUUGAGCAGUACACCGUGCGACGUGGCGAUCGUUUUGAAACAAGCUUGCUAUGGCGCGGUGAAAGACCUUCGCUGCCUGACAGCUACCCAUCAGCUUUACGAAGAGCCAGCUGUCUGCGUCGAAAAAUGUCAAAGGACCCCGAGCUUGCAGACUCACUUCAAGAGAAAAUAAAACACUAUGUGAGAAAGGGAUACGCAAGAAAGUUGCGACAGGACGAAAAGGAAAUGGAUUGCUGUUGGUACCUUCCCAUUUUUGCAGUGAAGAAUCCUAAUAAGCCCGGCAAAAUAAGGCUAGUAUGGGAUGCGGCCGCGCAAGUUAAAACCGUUUCGUUAAAUUCUAUGCUUCUCAAAGGGCCUGACCAGCUGAGUUCACUUGUUUCGAUAUUACGCAGAUUUCGGCAAAAACCUAUCGCUAUUGGUGGCGAUAUUGCUGAAAUGUUCCACCAAGUGCGUAUGCGAGAACGCGACCAACAUUUUCAGCGAUUUCUUUGGUUUGAAGAAGGCGCCACCAUACCCGAUAUUUACAUACUACAAGUUAUGACAUUUGGCGCUAGUUGCUCGCCCAGCUGUGCACAGUUCGUUAAAAAUAAAAACGCAAAGGGCUUUGAAAGUGAAUAUCCUAGGGCCGUGAAAAGCAUAAUCGACAACCACUAUGUAGAUGAUAUGCUUGACUCUGUUGACACUGAAGCAGAAGCACUACAGCUUGCACGUGAUGUUCAUCGCAUUCAUUCUCACGCGGGUUUCGAGAUCCGAAACUGGGUGUCAAACUCUGACGCCGUACUGCAGGAGUUAGGUGCCACUCCCACAACAUCGCUGAAAUUCGACGGCGCACAUGGUUUAGGAGUAGAGAAAGUAUUAGGAAUGUUUUGGCAUACAAACGAAGAUUGUUUUACAUUCGCCGUAUCGCAAAAACUCAGAAAUCGUGAUUUCAUUUCCGGAGAAAGAAAACCAACUAAACGCGAAAUGCUCAGCGUGGUUAUGGCUAUUUUCGACCCUCUUGGUUUGAUUGCCCACUACGUCAUAUACGCCAAGAUCAUCCUGCAGGAAAUAUGGCGAACCGGUUGCUCAUGGGACGAUCCAAUACACGACGAGCAGUACACAAAGUGGUUGCGCUGGGUGCGAAUGUUACCAGAGGUGGAAAACAUUCAAAUUCCUAGGUACUACAGUUCAGCUUCAGGGUCUUUAAAUAGAAUCGUUGAACUGCAUACAUUUGUGGAUGCAAGUGAGAAUAGCUACGCAGCAGUUAGCUACCUCCUCUUCACUGGCGGAUCGAGCAAUCAAUGCGCUAUUGUUGGCAGCAAAACUCGUGUCUCUCCGCUAAAGCCAAUGUCCAUCCCUCGUCUCGAAUUACAAGCCGCUUUAAUUGGUGCACGCUUGGCAGUUGGCAUUGUUAAAUCGCUAACAAUUCCCAUUGCCUCUCAAACGUUUUGGACUGAUUCGCGAACAGUGCUGUCCUGGCUGCGGUCGGAUCAGCGACGUUAUCGCCAAUUUGUCGCCUUUCGCAUAAGUGAGAUUCUUGAGCUCACUGAUGUCGCCCUAUGGAGAUGGGUACCUACCGCCGAAAAUGUGGCCGACGAUGCAACGAAGUGGUCCAAAUCUCCUGACUUAUCCAAUCAUAGCCGCUGGCUGAAUGGACCAGCAUUUUUACAAGAAAACAAAUCUAGUUGGCCUUUUGAACGUGAAACGAACCGCUCAACAAACGAAGAACUGCGUUCGCAGUAUGUAGGACACCAUUUCGCCUCACGGUCCGUUGCUCAACUUCACAUUGACUUCAGCCGAUUUUCACGAUAUAGUAAACUACGCCGUGUCAUCGCAACCGUGAUCAGCAUUGGUAAUUACUGGAUAUCCGUUGUUAAAUACCAUAAACAAAAACCAUCGCCCAUAAGCAGUGAGGAUUUAAAACGAGCCGAAAUAUUGAUUAUUUCCAUUGUACAGCAGCAAAACUUUGCUGAUGAAGUAGCGGCUUUGAAAGAAGGAAAGGUAAUUAAAAAAUCAAGUUCAAUUUUCAGCCUCACCCCUGUUAUGGAUGGCGCUGGACUGAUUCGCUUGGGUGGGCGAGUCAGAUGUGCCUACUACGGAGACCCCAUAAUUUUGCCUAAAAACCACUGCGUCACGUAUCUUAUUGUAAAUGAAUAUCAUUUGCGUUACCACCACAGCAAUUCGGAGACAGUUGUAAAUGAGUUACGCCAAACAUAUUGGAUACCAAGCCUUCGUGUAGUGGUAAACAAAGUUAGACGAGCAUGCCAACUCUGCCGAAACCGCUCUGUUCACGCCCAAGCACCCAGGAUGAGCCCACUGCCUGACGCUAGACUUGCUGCCUACUGCCGCCCCUUUUCUUAUGUGGGUGUCGAUUAUUUUGGUCCGAUGAUGGUGGCAGUGCGAAGAAGCCGUGAGAAACGCUACGGUGUAUUGUUCACCUGCCUUACGAUACGCGCUGUACACCUGGAGCUGGUGUCUUCUCUUUCAACGGAUUCCUGCAUCAUCGCCGUACGAAACUUUACAGCUCGUCGUGGUGUCCCUAUUGAAAUGUGGAGCGAUAAUGGGACGAACUUCAGGGGCGCUGAACGAGAACUGAAAGCGGCCCUAAAAGCAGCAGACCAAGACAAAAUAAUCGCAACUUUUACAACCGCAGCUACUAUUUGGAAGUUUAUUCCUCCCUCUUCACCACACAUGGGAGGGGUAUGGGAGCGACUAGUACGCUCCGUAAAGCAUGUGUUGUAUCAAAUUCUGCCUUCUUGUACACCUUCAGAAGAGGUAUUGCGUGCAGCGCUGCUUGAAGUGGAGAUGUGCGUCAACUCUCGGCCCCUUACCUACAUCCCGGUGGACUCGGAUGUUGAGGAAGCUUUAACGCCGAAUCAUUUUAUACUAGGCAAUUCAUCUGGCGCCAAACCUUUGACACAAGAAGGCAACGAUGGCGUAUCAUUACGUCGCAGUUGGCAAACAGCGCAACAAAUCGCAAAUUCGUUUUGGAAACGAUGG